AUGAGAGUGCGUAGAUCUUUGCAGCCUUCUGCAAUUGGAGAAAAGCGGUCGACGCUGCGCGUGCGAAACCCCGACUCCGGCGUAUUGUACCAUCUCGUCUUCGACGGCAGCCUGCGAAGACUGACGGGCGCGCAGCUGCGUCGACACCUCGAGAGCAUCUGCCUUGUCCCAGGGGAGCAGCUGCGCCUGACGUUUAACGGCGUCCCAGUUGAGGAUGCCAGCACCGGCGCGGCGCUCGGUCUACACGACAAGGCGCUGCUGGAGAUGCGCGUCGCGGUUGAGGAGGGCCGCAUGCCACCGUCGCAGCGGUUGGCCGGAAGCAGGUGGAACGACAACAAGCAGCACCCUAACAAUACAGAUGAGCAUUUGAACCACAGCGGGACGCCAAGCGCCACGCAACAGACAUCACCACCACAGCUGAGAGAGGAACAGCAUCAUCAACAACAAGAACAACAACGUCAACAUCAGCGGUGGCACAUCCCCAAUGGCCGUGAUGGGCCGCACUCUGGCGUCCAGGAGCACGCCACCGCAUCAUUGGCUCUGAACUCACGGCGCGCUCGCCAGGAGGGUGAUGUCACCAUUGAAGAAGACGCAAUCGAGGACGUGGACACUGCGAUGAUGCCACUUCACUACGCUGAUAUUGAGGAUGCGCAGCUGGAGUAUAAGGACUACAUAUGGAUGAUGGAGCAGAUGCGUUUUGAGACGGAGCGUAUGAACCGUGAGCGGGAGCUGCUGCGACAACGCCAGGAGCUGGAGUACGAAGCCGAAAUUCUAGAGCGGGAAAGGUCUAUCGUUGGGCGACGUACGCUACAGGAGCGACGGCGACUGCUCGAGCUUCAGCGGUGGAUACGCGAGGAGAUGGCGAUGGAGGCGCGGGUGCUGAAUAUCGAGGGCGAAGACAGCGUAGUUGAAGACAAAAACACUGACGCGCUGGCGACGCAGGAUUGCGGGGAUGACCCCUUGGUGUACUAG